CCUCUUUCCUUCUGCCCCACAGCGCACGUCGCCAUGGGUAAAAGCCGGACGAAGCGCUUCAAGCGACCUCAGUUCUCCCCUACGGGCGAAUGUCAGGUCGAGGCUGCUGCGGCGGAGAAUGGAACUGGAGGCGAGGAGGACGACGGGCCGGCGGCGGAGCUGCUUGAAAAGCUCCAGCACCCGAGCGCCGAGGUCCGCGAGUGCGCCUGCGCGGGGCUGGCCCGGCUGGUGCAACAGAGGCCGGUGCUCCCGGACCUGGCGCGCCGCGACGCCGUGCGCCGGCUCGGGCCGCUGCUGCUCGACCCCAGCCUGGCCGUCAGGGAGACCGCAGCCGGCGCCCUGAGAAAUCUCAGUGCUUGUGGAGGCUUUGAAGUUUGUGAUGACAUGGUGGCUAAGGACAUCAUGACCCCGCUGGUCGCACUGCUGAAAGAGUGUGGUGCUGGACUGGAUUCAAGUGGGAUGUCUCCACAGGGCAAAAAAGAUCAGAACAGAAGUUGUAUUGAGAACAUAGCCAACGAGGCUGUGAACGUGCUAUGGAAUAUAUGUGAAUGCAGUAGUAGAGCAGUGUCUAUAUUCAACAAAGAAGGGUGUUUGGAGAUGGUAUUAAAGUAUUUAAGUAGGUUUUCCACCAAUGUUGACCUGGCUAUUUCAGUAGCACAGUGUUUGCAGACAGUGACUGAAGAGAACCCAGAGCUGCUGGCGUCUUUCAGUCCCGCAGCCCUGGGUGUGCUGGAGUCGGCCAUGCUCUCUCCUGUCAGCUCCAUGGAGCACCUUCUGUUGAAAACAUUGGUGGCAGGCACAAUUUGGAAUCUAAAGGAUGUUAUUCCAUGUAAGAGUCAGGCCGAAAUCAUAAAUGCCAUACUAAAGAUCUUCUCUGAAGUUUUGGAAGUGGAUUCUGGUCAAACGGUUAUUCAAAUGAAGGAGGCUGAAACUCAAAGGUUAAAAACUCUCACAGAGACUGAGGAAAUAAUAGAGAAUGGUAAUGAUGAUGGUUUGAUUGAAGAUGAUGAGAUGGAAGAAAUUCCUCAUAAAAGAAAAGUCAGAAGGAAAACUUUCGUUUCGGAUUUACUUCCACCCACUGACAAGGAACUGAGAGAGACGGUAGCCCUGCUGGCGGCUCAGCAGACCGCGCUGGAAGUCAUCGUGAACAUGUGCUGCAGCGAAGAUCCCUCCGAUGACGAGUGGGAAGAGCUUUCUAGCAGCGAUGAGAGCGAUACGUUCAUGGAGAAUUCCCUCAGUGAGUGUGAUGGGCAGCUGCUCUCUCCCCUCUGCCUCUCCCACGAGAUCCACACGGCUCUCACCAGCUACCUCAUCCCAAAGAAGGUACUUUGUUCUCAUUCUACUCUGUGGGUAACUCCGAGAUGAACAGCGUCCUCUCCCUUCCCUUCCAGGAUGCACACGGUGCAGUGUCGAGCCCUCGUCUGUCUCCAGACUCUUGUGUCCCUCCUGGACAUGGACCACCUCGGGGGAGCCCCAGCCCUUCAGACGCUUGCACAGCACCUGUCACAACUUCUUUUUUCCCAACCAGAUUUUGCUAAGCAUGCUGACUUUCUAGAAGCCAUAAGUAGUGCCUUGCGGGCUCUUCUGCAAACAAUGGCUUCCAAGAACAUUUCUCAGUGCCUGACUCCUGAUCAGCUGAUGACACUGUGCAAAGCAGGCGUUCACAGUAGUAAUGUCGGAGUUCGCGUGAACGUCGUUAGCAUUUUAGGGAUCACUGGCAGCGUCUUAGCCAAAGAAGAUGGUACACUUGAAACUCUGAAGGACAUCGGAUGCUUUCUGCUGGAGGUCGCCACCAAAGAUCCUUCCCUUAUAGUAGCAGGAGAAGCUUUGGAUGCCCUUUUUGAUGUUUUUGCAGAUGGUAAAGAAGCUGAAAGAGCUUCAGUUCAAAUUAAAUUAUUAUCUACUCUGAAAGAAUUCCAGCCAGUCUUCAAAAUGAAGAUACGUAAAGAAGGGCGAGGUAAAUACAGUACAGAUCAGCUGUGUGUUCUUGACAAUGUGAAGAUGAAUUUGAGGAGGUUUGUUGCUUAUCAAGAAACUGUGGAGAAAAGGCUGACUUCUUGAACCAGCGAAAGAGAAAUCAGUUCUUCCCUGACACGUUUGAUGCUGAGAGUAUGGACGGGCUUCCUUCGGCUGUAGACGUGUCUGAAAGUUAUUUUUAACUGCUUCUGUUCUGCACCUUAGUUGAAGUUCCAAACUCUUCUAAGCCUUGGAAACUGUGCCGCAUCUGCAGAGCUCCCAGUUACGUGCCCAGCGUGUUUUAAUUCCUAGACGCAUAAAGAGAGGGAGGGGGAAAGCAGCGGAGUCUCGGGGUUCCCAGCUUGAUUCACGAGCGUCCAAAGAAACUUCAAAAAAUCACGUUUUCCUGGAAUUUUGCAAAAAAAAAAAAAAAUAAUAAUAAUCCACAGCAUUACUUGCUUGUUCUUUUAAGGAAGUGGUGUUUUAUACCAGCUGAAUCUUUAACUGAAAUAUGAAGACAAGCUUUAUAAAAUAAUUUUUGGUAUGAAUUAUACCAAUUAUGUUUAUCUUUUGUAAAGAAGUCAAUGAGUUGAGUUUAUAUUUCACUACUUAAUAGAUUUAUACUGAUGAACCAAGAAGGUAACUGCCAUCGUCCAUGCAGGGUAUUGUAAUAUCACUCCUUGAUUUAAUCUGGUACGGAGUCAGAAUUAGGAGAAAAUAUUUUU